AUGAUGGCAGUCCCCGACUCAAGGUUAGCUGAAGCAUUUUUGAAUGCAAAACGUGACUUCUUGUCCACCCUCAAGAGCCCUUCAAUAAUCGAACAAGUUUCCACUUCCACGUCAAUUGAAGACAUAAACGAUUUUUUACACAAGCUGCAAACUGAUCAAGGCAAUCGUCAAGAUCUCCGAAAUUUGCGGAAGAUCGCGUCUUACCUCGACCGACUUCAACAAUUUAGUUCAGUUAUCGAAGUCUUGAUAAGUUCCAAGCCAGAAAUUCUCGCUCUGAUCUGGGGACCAAUCAAGCUUCUCAUGCAGAUGACGAAAAAUGUGUCAUUAUCAUUCGAUGCUAUUCUAGACACUAUGGUGAAGAUUGGAGAUAGUUUGCCUUAUUUUGAAAAGUACACUCAGCUUUUCAAGGAAAACGAAAGGAUGGCAGACGUUUUAGUCCUCUUUUACAAAGAUAUUCUUGACUCUUAUCAGAUAACACUGAAUUUUUUCAGUGCGAAACGCUGGAUCUACAUUUUCGAGUCCGUGUGGCCAAAACAUAAAAUCAAGAUCGAUAUCGUGUCGACUAACAUCGAUCGCCAUCGUCGUUUGCUGACUGAGGAGGUCAAUCUUGAACAUAUCAAGGAGGCACAUGAAGCCCGCAUCACGAUACUGAAUGAUUAUCAGCGUAAUAUCGAUUUUCAAGCGCGACAGGAUUUUGAGGCGGUUGAGUCCUACAUUUCGCCGAAAUUCUAUGAUGAUGAAUUUGGUCUACUUCAAAGAAACAUUUGCGAGAGGACUGGACGUUGGUUGCAAACAGACCAAGCUUUUCAAAAAUGGUUCGAUAUCAGCGAUUCUUCAACCAGGCUUGUCUGGAUACAAGGGAAGCCUGGAGCAGCCAAACGGAAUCUGAAAAGCAAUACCAAGUUUGCUCGAGAAACACUGUCGAACAUGCUUAGAUGUGCCGGCCCAACUCGCAUCGUCAUCGACGGUCUAGAUGAACUUCCCAAGGGAGAGCGAACGGAAACUCUACAGGAACUUCUAGAAGUACUGCAAGACUCAAAUGAUACCAAGAUUUUAAUCAGCAGCAGAGCAGAGAAGGAUAUUGCCACGGCUCUCAACAAAGCCAAUCCCGAUGUUAUUCGUGUCGAUGAAAAAAAUCUUGGAUGCAUUCAAGCAUACGUCUCCAACAGGUCUCGUAUAUGGCUUAGUGGAUCGGAUUUUGACGAACAGGCUUGCUCAGAGAUCAGAGAUUUGCUGAUGCCACUUUCAGCCAAAGCUAAAGGCAUGUUUCUCUACGCGAGAAUCGUUAUGGAUAACAUUGAGAUGUGCCACAGUCUCGAUUUCAUUCAAAGGGAAUUAAGAGCACCCCCAGAGAGCUUGGAAGAAGCGUGA